AUGUCCCUCCCGGCAAGAGCCGCCGCUCGGCGCCUGGUGGUCGCUCAAAGGGUCGUCCUACUUACUGCCACUGUCACUGCAAGGUUGAGCAGGAACGCUUCGUCAACUACAACACAAGCCACGUCCCCCAGCAACGGCGCCCCAAGCCCCAUCGUACGAAAGCCUCUCUUCGACAAAAUCCUGAUCGCCAACCGCGGUGAAAUCGCAUGCCGUAUCGUCCGCACGGCUCGCAAACUCGGAGUCAAAACCGUUGCCGUCUACUCCGAAGCAGACCGCAACUCCAUGCACGUGCAGAUGGCCGACGAGGCAUUCUGCAUCGGUCCUGCCCCGUCGGCGGAUAGUUACCUACGCAUGGAUAAGAUCAUCGAGGUUGCGAAACAGACCGGCGCGCAGGCUAUUCACCCUGGUUAUGGGUUCUUGUCGGAGAAUGCUGGGUUUGCUGAGAAGGUCACGAAUGCGGGGUUGACCUUCAUCGGGCCACCUGUGCAAGCUAUCGUUGAUAUGGGUUCGAAGAGCGCCUCUAAGAUUAUCAUGGAGAACGCAAAAGUGCCCUGCGUGCCGGGAUACCACGGCACGGACCAAGCCCCCGAGAAGCUGAAGACGGAGGCCAAACGCAUUGGCUACCCGGUACUUAUCAAGGCCAUCAAAGGCGGAGGUGGCAAGGGUAUGCGUAUUGUGGACAAGGAGGAGGAUUUCCAGGAAAUGCUGGACAGCGCCAAGCGGGAAUCCAUGAAGUCUUUCGGAGACGAUGCCGUCUUGGUCGAGAAGUACCUCGUCCGGCCCCGUCACGUCGAGGUCCAGGUCUUUGCCGAUACUCAGGGCAACGCGGUGUAUCUUUUCGAGCGGGACUGCAGUGUGCAGCGUCGUCAUCAGAAAGUGUUGGAAGAGGCACCUGCUCCUGGGCUUACGCCAGAGCUUCGUCGCUCGCUUGGAGAGAAGGCUGUGGCCGCUGCCAAGGCUGUGAACUACGUUGGGGCUGGAACCGUCGAAUUCAUUCUCGACACCGACGACCAAAAGUUUUACUUUAUGGAGAUGAACACCAGGCUUCAGGUCGAACAUCCCGUGACCGAGAUGGUCACCAACACCGAUCUCGUGGAAUGGCAGCUCGAGGUCGCGGCCGGUAACCUGCUGCCCAAGUUCCAGGAAGAUCUUGAACUCGUCGGUCAUGCGUUCGAGGCGCGCAUUUACGCUGAGAACCCGAACAAGGGGUUCUUGCCUGACACGGGUCGUCUUACUUUCAUGAAGACGCCGGAGGAGUCGGAGAGGUUGCGGGUUGAGACAGGUGUUAGGAUGGGCGAUGAAGUUAGUGUUCAUUACGAUCCUAUGAUCUCGAAGCUGGUCGUUAGUGGACGGAACCGUGACGAGGCUUUGAAGUCCCUGAGGACCGCCCUGGAGCAGUUUCACGUCUCCGGGCUCCACACAAACAUCGAUUUCCUGAAAUCCCUAGCCACUCACCCCUCCUUCAUCGCCGCCGACGUCGAGACGGGCUUCAUCCCAAAACACGAGAAGGAUCUUUUCCCUGUUGCCGCUGCAACCCCGCACGACAUCCUUGCCCACGCCGCUUUGGGAUCCCUUUUACAACAAGACAUCAAGAAACUCGCCGUCUCACCCGCCCUUGCCCCGCCAGCAAUCGCGCCGUUUGCCGACCCUUGGGGCGCUCUGACUGGUUUGAGGUUGAACCAUGAACUCACGCGUGUCGUGAAACUGAUUGACGCGCAAGGGAAGGAUGUCACGGUCCAUAUCACGGAAGUGAAAAGCGGAGCAAGUGGCAAGGUGUUUGAUCUCACCGUUGUGGACUCGAACGGCGAGAAACGCGAUUUCAAGAACGUCCAAAUCUUGGAGAACUCGUCCCGCGAUGCGUCCUCGUCUGCGUCCUCGGCGUCGAAAGAUACACCCACCAUUCAGCACUUGCGUCUGGAACUCGAGAGCAAGACGCAAACACCCACGGUCCUGAUCCACACCCCGUCGACGAUCCAUAUCCACACGCCCACCAACGGCAAACACACCGUCACGCUCCCACCCACCGCGGCGGAGCUCGCCGCAGCCGGUGCAGCGGGCGGUGCGGGCGGGUCAGCGUCAGCGCUCAUCAAAGCGCCUAUGCCGUGCAAGAUCUCGCAGCUGAACGUCAAGAAGGGCGACAGCGUGAAGAAGGGACAGGUUGUGGUUGUGUUGGAGGCGAUGAAGAUGGAGCAUGUUGUGAGGGCUGCGAUGGACGGGGUUGUGGGGAGGGUGCAUGUGAGUGUUGGGGAUGUUGUGCCGGAGGCGAGUGUGUUGGUGAGGUUUGAGGAGAAGGAGGAGAAGAAAGAGUAG